CAUUGAACCAUUUCCUGUGACAGACUCCAAGAGCUUGUACUUUUAAGAUCAGUUUGUUGUCUGGCGGAUUUGAACUGUUCCUCAUACCUGCAAUUCCGCCAUUUUACACGCUCCUAAAUUCCAAUUGACCGACCGUGCCGACUAGUCCCUCCACACAAUGGCUUUCCGAACCGGCUCGCAAUCCUUCUUCCUCCAGGCGCGGACACUGCGUUCGACAGCCUCGAGGUCUUCAGGGCCUUCGCCAUACCUCUUCCAGAGAUAUCACUCAGCCCGGCCUUUCAGCACAGGCAAAGACAAUCUUCAAGAUCGCGAGUCUCUCAACCCCCGCCGCUCCGAGGGCACUAAUUUCGGCGUUGACGACCAGGUGGCCGAGAAAUCCACGGCUUUCAACGGCAACAACACCAACCCGGAAGCUGAGAAGAAGUCCAUGGACAACGAGAGCAACGGGAACCCGCUCGACGCGAGCGGAGCGAAUCAAGACUUCUCGAAGCCACAUAAUCCGGAGGAGAAGACCGCGGACAAGGGAGAUAAGAAGACGAGGAGCAAGGGGCAUGGUGGGAAGAAGCACGGCAAGGUUGGAACCGACGUGAGUGGUUAGGGGAGGGGAGGUGUAUAAAAGGGGACAAGGGACCGCACAUCCCCAGCUGACUGGCUGGAGAAUGUACAAAUCAACGCAAACACGCAUGGGUUUUGCAUUUCGGCGUUGGGGAAUUGCAUCAUGGAGUCCAACACUCGGCA